UCUUCUUCAAAAAAUUGCCAAAAAUGGCCUCCUCAAGUGCUUCAACUUUAUCAAAUUAUUCCCCUAACCCCACCAAUUAUCAACACGUUUUUAAUUUAUUUUUGUCCCUUCCAAUACUCGUUCUACUCAAAACUUUGGCACGUUCAACUCCCUAUGCUAAACAGGGAUUCUUCUGCAACGACAACGAAAUUCGUUUCCCAUAUGUGCCAGAUACUGUAUCCGCCAAUUUUAUGGACUGGACAACUAAUAUUGUUGGGACUAUUAUUAUCAUCUCCAGCGAAUUUUCUUUAGUUUGGCAUUUAAUAAGGCGCCAUACUGAUAAAAGAUUGCACCGAAGGAAUGGACAUUUGCACCCUAUGAUUGUUAAUUCCUUGUAUUUUUUGGCUGCCCAACUCUGUUCUAAACUUUCAACAAGUUCAAUUUGCAAUUUGGGAAAGAGAACUUGUUCUAGACUUAGACCAAACUUUUUGGCUGUUUGCCAACCUAAAAAUCUGAGUGGAUUGUGCCCUCCGGAUGAAUAUGGAUAUAUUCAAGACUAUGAAUGUACUAAUGGUCUUUUUGAUCAGGCAAAAUGAAUAUUUCUCCUUCC